AGAUGCCGUUCUCGUUCAUCUGCAGGUGGAAGUUGGUGGGUUUUAAUUCACUGGUUCCGCUCUGCAGCGCUGCAGUUCAAGCGCGUACGCGAUGCAGAAUCCCUAGAAAUGUUCUCUUUCCACCGAAAGCUCCAGUUUCUCUCUCCCCACCCACUCACGGAAACACAGCAGCUGCUCCUUUGAGCCUCGCUCGCUGGAUUUCUCCGUAUUAAGCAUUCACAUAAUCAAAGGCUUCUGCCUGUGGGGCUCCUGACGCCUGCCCUGAUGUGUGAGGACAGCGGUAAACCCCACUGACCCGCCCGAGCAAGGCACCCACCUUUUCAAACGUCUCCUUAAUCUGCUUUAUGGUUUUGCUCCUCUUCUCGCACGUGAGGAACCUGUGCUGCAAAGGGAAGGAGACCACGGCUUUAACUCAGCAGUUUUCCUUCCUGGUGCGGGUCCCUCGUCACUGCCGCCGCGGGUCUCCACCUUCCCCGUGCGUGCCCGAGCUUUUCCUCCGGGCUCCCGCAGUUGGCACCGGGGCUGCCUCGUGCCGUGUGCUGAGAUCGGAGCCCACCAAGACCCCGUGUCAGCCCCGUGCUCUCCCUCCCUCCCUCCAGCCCCAGGGCUCGGCGAGGGCAGGGUUGGUCCCGUCUGACUCAGUCUGCGUCUGGGGACGGGGUCACGGCCGAGGGAGCGAGAGGCGGCAUCACCGAGCCGGCAGUCAGGUUCAGAACUGCUGUCUGUGACGUACUGGGGAAAUGGGAGACUCUGUGGCCCUUCAUUCACUGUACACGAAAGCAGCUUUGAAGCGAUUUCAUUUGCUCUCAGAAGCAGCACCCACUCUGAUGACUAACAGUUCCUGAUGGGUGAAACAAAGUGGACUGAUUUUUUUUUUUUUUGACUUUUUUUUGCUGUCAAUGCAUGACGUUGGACUUUUCACUUCUGGAAACCUGCUUUCUAGCACUCUUGUCGGAAUUUGCAAUGUGACUCAUAUCAACCUCAUAUCAACAGAAAUGAAGGCGUGAGGAGUGUGUGCAGCCAACGGGGCUUCUUUGGAAGAAAGCAGUAUGUUUGCAGCCAGUGGAAGAUCCUCUUCAGCAUCAGGAUCAGGCGCUGAGGUCCCUUUUCCCUCUGGCUGCUCUCCGUGUCACUCGGGAUGGCCAUCUCCACCUCCUGCCACCAGCUGCCCCCUCCCCAAGGUGCUCACUUGCUCCUUCGGCAGCAUCCCCACGGGAGCCCUCCAGGACUGCAGGAAGAAGAGAAACACUGCAAUAAAUGGUAAUGCAAAUAGCAACUGCAGCUCUAAUUACAAGAGAGAAAAGGGAUUAAAAUUAGAACUGAGAAUAGUAAACAAAUCUAAAUUCUGCAGGGAAGAUGUGGGGGGCUUCUCGUGGGUUUUGAAAGUGGAAGUCAAUUCUCUUCUGUCGUUUCUUGUGUUUGCUGAGCCCAGCUCUCUCCCUCGAGAAAGAGCUUUCAAGAAAGUUUCGUUUCUCUGCGCGGUGUUGGUCCUGCAGGCCACCGCCGCGCUGCCGACGCGGGUUGAGGUCACAGCUCCUCUUUGUCGUUUUUUUCCCCCGUACACUGGUGUCACCACUUGUUUACAGGAGCCCAAUUAUUAAUGUGUUGAAUGCCCACAUCAAAAGACUUCCGAAACCUCCUGGAAACUGAAAAAGCCUCAUUGGUAGAACCUGUGUUCAGUCUUGUUGGUAGAUUUGAGUCUUUGAAAUACGUGUGUUUGAGGGCUAGUGCCUAGCUCAGCACCACUGCCGGGCUUUGCAUCAUUUGUUAGUGGAAGCUUUCGUUUAUCUUCAAUAGCAAGGAAGCUCUUCUCAGGCACUUUUACCUCAAUUUUUGCUGAAAUGGCCAAUUUCCCUAGCACAGCGGGGAAAAGGGAAAAAGCAAAUCAUCAAUGUUCACUCUCUGGCUACGAAAUCUUGCAGAAACGAUCACAAGUGACUGGGUACCCGAGCAGGGUGACAGUGAAACCUUAUGGAAAAUUCCUCGACUGCUGCAGGUUCGGGAGGAAGACUUGCCAAGUGCAAUUCGUUUCUCCAUCCAAUCCUCAGAGGGAGCAAUCCCCAAAAUUGCUGCUCCGGGCAUGGCAAGGGCCCCUGCCUCGCAGGCACGGGGUGGUGGGCAGCUGGAACAAGCUAGCAGGAGCUACUCUUUAGCUGUGCUAUGACACUGCAAAGACCUGAAAUGUGCAUUUCCUUUGAGGAAGAUGCCAUUUAUGAUAACCAAAUUACGAGUUCACGUUUUUAUCAAAUCCGGGUAAGCAACUAUUUAACCUCCAACACCCCCCACCCCCCUACACCGGUGACUAAAUGAAUGGUUUUCUGCAGAAGAGCUAUGUCAGUGUACAAGAUCCUCCACCACGCUUUCCUCCUUCCACAAAGAUGAAUCUUAGAGGGAAAAAGAAAAAAAAAUUACUUUUUUUUUUUUUUUCUCUUUUUUUUUAUAUCCUCUUUGGGUAAAAUCCUGGCCUGCUGGCAGCCCUGCCACCGGUGAGUCACACGCAUGACAUCGCAUCUGCUCUGUGAAGGCGGUGGCUGAGGCAGUGGCACUUUCUGUGACGUGCAGCCCUGCGUAGCCACGAGCCGAGGAUGUCCAGCGAGGCCAGCGUGAGCCCAGGGCCACUGCAGCGGCGAGGAGCUGCUCCCCGGGGACGGCCGUGGCUCUGUCCCCUUCCCAGUGCUGCUGGUAAAUGGCAGAAGCAGCUCCAGAGGGACAGGAGGUGACAUCUCCACCCAGGGGAUGCUUUAAAGCACGGUGCUCAGAUGUCUCAGGGCGGUGUCACACCUCGGGGUGCUCUCCUGGAGCCCCCCUGAGGCAACAACAGCCCCGGGCUGCCCCCGUAGGGGUCCUGGUCCCAGGCUCUUCCAGGCAUCCGUGGAAAAGCAGCUCUGGAGAAGUUAAACCUGGGGAAAGAAGUGUGUUUGGCAAAGUGGAGCAUCCGCAGCGUUAAGCAGGGCGUUUCCUUGCAGGGUGUUAGGGUAGCAGCUUUGGAUGGAGGAAAAUUAAGGUUUCAGGGCACCUUUCUCAGGUCUUGAGCCCCUCUCCUGAGCCCUUCCCGUCUGCCAGCCCCCCGCUGGAAAUCCUGGCAUCAUCUGGGGUCUGGCACCAUGGGCUUGGGGCUUUGCUUGUCCCUGGCCGAGCAGGAGCUGCGCCGGGUGAGGCUGAGCCGUGCCCAGGCUGCCGCUCCCCGACAGGCGGGACUCAGAGCUCGAUUUUCAGAAUUAUUAAAGUGGUUAUGGUUAGAAACGUGACUGAGAAGAGGGCACAUAAUGUACCACACCUAGCAGCCGAUUAUUCCUCACAGAGCCUUUUCUGAGUCAUUUGAUGAGUUUACCGAGAAAAACAAUUUUCUACUUUUGUCAGCAGCAUUGCAGAGCUGCGGCUGAGCAGGCGGCGAGGCUGCUCUGAUAACAGGUCCCUGGUUUCUCUCGAUAAUGAACUGCACUAAUUAAGAGACAGAACAGCCAGAUUUAGGAGGUCGGGACAGGGCAUGGCAACACGUUUCCACCACGAGCUGCAGCGUGCACCGGUGCAGAAGGUAAUGGAAAGAGUGACACCGAGGCAGGGGCUGUCCUCAGGGCACCGGGGCAAACCCCUGCCUUUUGGGAUCAGCACUUGUUCAAGUGGGGCUCGAGAAGGGCUCCAGGUUUGAGGGCCAGGUGGUUGCUUGACAUUGAAACCGUUGUUUUUUCAGGGGCUGAGAACCACCCAGAGCUGCAGCACGGCUGCAAUUAAUCAUCCCAUCAGCUCCUGGCAAUACCAUGCUGCAGUACCCAAGGAAUUUCUCUGGUGCAUAAAAAGGAAGCCAAUAUGUUUUCCUCUGCCUGUGGAAAUCCUUUGGCAAGGGUCUUGGUUAGCUACAGUAUCACCAAGAGAGAUGGUAAAUCCUACCAACUACUGGUCUCCAACUUUUUUGUCAAGUGGCUGAGUUGGUUUUUGUGGAUUUUCUGCUGAAGCAUGUCAUGAAGAGCUCCUCGAGCUCUGGUCUUUGCAGUUAAGUUUGGAUUUUUUGAUUUUUAUUGUUUAAUUAAAAUUACUACAGGCAUUUCUGUCAUUCAUGUUGUCUAUUUCUGGGGAUCUGUGUACAAACCAUUAUCAGCUUCAGAUCUGAAAUGCUGGAGCACCUAAAGCUGCUGUGAACUAUGAGUAAUAUAUUACAGAAUGGCAAACCAAGGAUGGUCUGCAACGCAUUAUCAGAUCUCCUUACAGAAUGAAACUACAGUGAGAUGCACUGUUGAAACUGGUACCUUAUCACUCUGAAAUCCUUUACUGGAAAUCUAGUGUUGAUGUGUGUGUGUGUGGCCAGUUCAUGACAGCACGGCUCCUAUUCAGAUCACGAUGUCUUGCUGGCGGAUGUUUUUUUUUGAAGUUAUUUUAUUGUUUGUUUGUUUGUUGGUAGUGAGAUUUUUUUUUAAUUUUUAUUUUUGGAUGAAAUGAAAGUUUUUGGAUAUCUGAACAGCUGGUGGGUCAAUGGUGGAUCCCAGUGAGCAAGGCUCAGAGGCUGGCAGCACGUGGCAUGUACAGGGAUGGCUCUCCAGGGGGAUGCUGCAGCCCCUGGGAGGGCUGCUUGCCACUUUUAUUAAUAACUCUGAGGCAAGCUAGUGGUGUCCAGGGCUUGUCUUCUUACUUUUUAAUCCCCUAUCAUGGUGUCAGCCAGUUAACAGCCCUCUGUGCUGUGUGUUAUUAAGUCACAUCUACUUUUUGGGUGCCCCAUCCCACCGUGCCUGCCAUGAAAGCCCUGGGGAGGAGCCCCCCACUUGCUGCGGGCAGCCUGGGAGGAUGGGGACAGGACCACGUCCCAGCGUGCAGCCGUACAUGAAAGCCUUAAUGAUGCCAAAAUGCCUCAGGGAGUCAGUUCCCAGCUGAUCUCACCUGCGUUGUCACGCUGCCGUGGAUCAGAAAUCCCUGUUCCUUUCCUCUUCCUUCCCAGAGCGUAUGAGACACAGCUUGCUGUUUUAUUGGGGAUGUUCUCCUGUUGCAGCUGGCAUGCAGAUGAGAGCCUCUCUUACGCAUCUGUGUGGGGAAGGCUGAGCUGAGGUGAUUUGCUUCAACCAGGAGCUGGUCCAACACCUGCUGAAAUCCAGCCGUGCCCUCAGCUGUGCCCCAUCUGCUCCAAAAGGCACACGCUGGGGACCCUCAGAGGUGCAGCACUGGCAAUCAAACACCAUCACUGUGCACGUACUUGAAAAAAACACUAAGAAAAGAUGUGGAUCCUGUCCCCCACCCUCCAGCAUUGUUGUUCUCUCACUCGCUCUUGAGGCAAGGCUCACAUUCUUGCUGCUGCUUUGUGAGUGGAAGCACAGCAAGGCCAAGGGACCCCCAGGUCCAUGCUGAAUAUGUAGGGGAGCAAAGCCCUGAGCCCCCCAGUCCAACAUCUCCCUCCUGUCCCCUUUUACCCCUUCAUCUUCCCCCCAGUGGGCUGCUGGGCAGAUUUUAACCCCUGACCGUGUCUUGCCUGCUGGUGUUUAGUGACCUGCCUUUAGGGCAUCAGUUACCAAAAAGGAAGACAUUCACUUACCAAACUGAAAAGAGAAAUCCCUUCUUCUCAUCUGCAAUUUACAUAAUGAAGUAAGAACUCGCUGCCUCUUCCCUCAUUUCCUCACCCGGGCUGGGUGUGCACCCGGCUGCCUGGGAAAGCUGCGGGGCCCUCGGGUGCCUCUUCCUCCGCUGCGAGCGCACCUUUUGCUGCAAUUCCGUGCAGCAGCUGGGAAUUUGGGGAGGAAGGCGCAGAUUAGUGCCACGCGCUGCUGAGCACUCCAACACCUCGGCAAGAGCAAAUGCAACCUGCUGCAGAUAUGGACCUGUCUUUUGGCUGUUUUCUUUGAUAGUGCUAAGGCACGGGGCUGAGGGAGGCAUGUUGGGUGCAUUUGUGGUGAUUUCAGCUGUAUGCAAUACUGUGACUAGCCCGGGCAUAAAAUCUAUUUGCCUAGUGUUACUGUGAUGAUAGAUAUACUCUCAAGAUUGAGCUCGGUUAUCAAUAAAUUACUCAUUCAGCAAAACUUGAAAUAACAGCCCCCGUGCACAGACUUUCACACAGAAGACCUGCAUUGCAACAGCCGUGUUCAGGCUCCUGCUCUGCCCCAGAGCAUCGUGGCUGCAUUGUGGGGCUGCAGGGACACCUCUGCCCCCUCUGGUCCCUCUGAGCAUCCCUACUGGGUGUAGGGAGCCCGAGAUUUUUUUUUUCUCACUGCUCAUUUUUGUUUGCAGGCUGUACUUGGCUAUGUCCAAAAGGGUUUCAGAAACAACCAACCUAACCUCGGAGCCAAAAGCCCGCUGAGCCCACCUGGGUUCUGCCCCCUUUGCAUGACAGCAUGUCCCAGCUGACAAACCCUGCUCCCAGGGGACUGUGUGCAUCCAAAAUGCCAGUGUGAGAGGGUGCCGGCUCUGCUCAAGGACCUUGGCUGCACCAUCAGGUAUUUCUCAGGUAAUGGUCGCAGCGGUGUGAGCAUGGACCUUGCAGCCAAAGUGUCUGCCUGCGGGUAGAACUGCCCUGCUGCCGCUGGGCUGGUUCAUUUUAAAAGUUUGAGUGCAAUUCAUCCCCUUCUGCAGGCUGAUAGCUUUGGUUUGUGUGUAGUGCUCACCUAAGUUACCAGUGCUCCUGAAAACCUAAGGACUUCUUGCAGCCCCGAGGUGGGAGCUGCUGUCCCAAAGCUCUGCCCUCUCAGACCCCGGCACACGCAGACAGAGGCGAGCAUCCGCCCAUCCCCACAGCAAGCCUGAGAGCAGGGUCCCCCAAAACCAGAAGAUGAAGGUCCCACACACCAGGACAGCGGAGGAGAAUGAACUCAGCAGCUUCCUGACUCCCCCUGUGAUGACCAGGUGGCACCACCAGGACCGUGCCGGGGGACCCACGGCCCCGAGCGUGGUAUGGAGGAGAUGCCGCCCCCACCCCUCGGUCACGGCUUCCCAACCCCGGGCGGCAGCAAUGCCAGGAUUUCCCGCCUCCAGGUGUGAGGGAAACACCUCUGGGUGAAAGAGUUGGAAUUGCAAAGGGAAAUCUAUGCUGGGAAAAGCAAGAAAAGUCCCAAAAGUUAAUCCGAGAGCUAUUUCCUCCCGGUACCUGGAUAAAAACGCGUUCUUCGGAGCUCUCCAGGUCAGACAUUAAGACGGGAGAACCCGUGGCAAAGAAGAGGAGAGACAGUUGCAACCACAGGCUUGAGCAGGUCUCCCUGGCAGCAGCAUGAAGGGCUCCCACUUGCUCCUCUGCCUCUACUCCGUGACUUGCUGGUUGAGUCUGAUGCCGGCAGCCGAGAACAAAAUCUUCCACUUUGGACCCUGCAGGAUUUCAAUGAGUGUCACCGAGAUCAGGUCUGGCUUCACUGCAAUUAAAGCAAACAUCCAAGCCCGAGACCCCAUCAGGACCCUGAGCAUCCUGUCGCACCCGCAGUCUCUGCACAAGGUCAAGUCUUCAGAUCGAUGCUGCAUCAUCCAUAACCUCUUCAACUUCUACAUGGACAAAGUCUUCAAGCACUGCCAGACCGAGGACUCAUACAUCAACCGGAAAAUCAGCAGCAUAGCCAACUCCUUCCUCAGCAUCAAGAGGAAACUGGAGCAGUGUCAUAAUCAAAACAAGUGCUUGUGUGGGCAGGAAUCCACUGAGAAAUUUAAGCAAAUACUCGCGAACUACGAAGGGCUGAAUAUCACAUCUGCAGCAAUUAAAUCCCUGGGCGAGCUGGACAUCCUUCUGGACUGGAUGGAGAAAUCUCGUUAAAGCAGGAGGCAGGAACCAUCCGCUAACGAGGUUGCUGGCAGGUUGCAGCCCCCGUGGUACAUAGGACAAUAACACCCUGUCCCAGAGCAGUCCCACUGGCUGCAGCUGAAGUUGGAUCAGACUCCUGGUGUUUUGCUACCCAUGUGAACAGGGAAAUGUGCCAGCAGGGUCUUGCAUCUCGAUGGAAAUACGGAGUUUGUUCCAAUCAGCUUCGCACUCACAUAUCUGACUUCUACCAAAGGACACUUUACAAGGGAAAAUUCUGUAUUUCUCUUGCUUGCAGACAUAAGCUAUGAUAAUUUAAUAAAAGUAUUGUUUAAAUUAUAAACUCUUUGUAUAUUCAUGAGUGCCAAUGGCUGGUAGGAACUUCUCUGACACAGCUGAUGCUACAGACAGUGCUCGCAAGUCUGCUUUCAGUCUUUUGAGACUGCUUCUGCUGCUGUGCUCUGGCUGAAAGUAGGUGCAUUGUGUGAGAAAAUAGGUCCUCACAGGUGCUGCAGGCCUAAGAAAUCUGUGUUUCCUUUCCAGAUGGUAUUUUCUGCCUUAUCAGUAGAAAAAAGUUUACUAUGCAAAAAAAGUUUACUGUGUGGUUGCUGAAUAGAAAAACCUUCUUGUGUGCAUUAUUGUAAUUUACUGACACUCAGUAGCACAUUUUGUGGAAGUCUGAUGCACUUACUGUAAAUAAACCCAAUUUGAAACUGUGCUGCGUCUGUGUGUG